AAGUAGUUCCGUAACCAGGGGGUCACAGGCAGGGGCUGUUUCCGGGGGGGACCAGGCAUUAUGUAGGCUGCGGAGUGGUCGGCUGUUUCGCGAAGCUUCUGCGGCUGUAGGGCUCCGCGGCUGCCGCCAUGUUCGGCUGUUUGGUGGCGGGUAGGCUGGUGCAAGCAGUGGCACAACAGGUGGCCCAGGAUAAGUUUGUAUUUGACUUGCCUGACUAUGAAAACAUCAACCAUGUGGUGGUCUUUAUGCUGGGAACUAUCCCAUUUCCAGAGGGCAUGGGAGGAUCUGUCUACUUCUGCUUUCCUGACCAGAGUGGGAUGGCAGUGUGGCAACUCCUGGGGUUUGUCACCAAUGAGAAGCCAAGUGCCAUCUUCAAAAUUUCUGGUUUAAAAUCUGGGAAAGGCAGCCAACACCCCUUUGGAGCAAUGAACAUCCCUCAGACACCAUCUGUAGCCCAGAUUGGGAUCUCAGUGGAAUUGCUGGAACAUUUGGCCCAGCAGACUCCUGUAGCAAGUGCUGCUGUAUCAUCAGUAGACUCAUUCACUCAGUUCACUCAGAAGAUGCUGGAUAGCUUCUAUAACUUUGCCUCAUCGUUUGCUGUCACGCAGGCCCAGAUGACGCCAAAUCCCUCUGAAGCUUUCAUUCCUGCGAACGUGGUUCUGAAAUGGUAUGAGAACUUCCAGAGACGACUGGCUCAGAAUCCUUUCUUCUGGAAAACAUAAACUUCAAUCAGGUCUUUUGAAGUGCUUUCCGACUAUAGUCAUGUCUUAAAGAUACAGUAAAUCACCCCACUAAAGAAAAUUGGUGGAGUAAUCAAAAUCAAAGCAGACUACAUGGAUUUUAUAGUACCACUGAAACUUAUUUAAAAUUAAAAACCUGAAAACAACU